AUGGUUGUCAACGUUGCCAUCGUCGGUGUCGGUCUCGUCGGAUCCGAAUUCAUUGCCCAGGUCAUCGCCACUCAGUCCAAAAAGAUCGCUGUCGUCGCCGUCGCAAACUCGCGCCAGUUCCUUACCUCCCCCACCCCUCUCACCGCAUCCUGGAAGACCGACCUCGACUCCUCCUCUGCCUCCAAGGCAUUCACCCUCGACUCCUUCACCGCCUCCCUCGCUGCCUCCAAGGCCACCAACCCCACCGUCGUGCUCGACUGCACCUCUAACGAGACCGUUGCUGCCUACUACCCCACCUGGCUCGAGUCUGGCUUCCAUGUCGUCACCCCCAACAAGAAGGCCUUCUCGGGUGAUUUGAGCCUCUACAAGAAGAUCAAGGAGAUUGCUAACGGUGCCCCUGGUGCCCCCCUGGUCUACCAUGAGUCGACUGUUGGCGCUGGAUUGCCUGUUAUCAACACCUUGAACGAUCUGAUCAACACUGGAGACAAGAUUACAAAGAUCGAGGGUAUCUUCUCGGGAACUUUGUCGUACAUCUUUAACAACUUUUCGACCCUCGAUGCCUCGGCUGAACCUGUCAAGUUCUCCAAGGUCGUCUCCGUCGCCAAAGAUCUUGGCUACACCGAGCCCGAUCCCCGCGACGAUUUGAACGGAAUGGAUGUGGCCCGCAAGGUCAUUAUUCUUGGCCGUGUCGCAGGACUGGACUUGACCCAGGAGACUGUCAACGUCGAGAACAUUGUUCCCGAAGUGCUCCGUUCCCUCUCCUCUGAGGAGUUCAUGAAGAAGUUGCCCGAGUUUGACAACCACUUUGAGCAGCUCAACAAGGAGGCAAUCCAGAACGGCCAGGUCUUGCGUUAUGUCGGUCUUGUUGACCCUGUUCAUGGAAAGUCCAGCGUCACUCUUGCCAGAUACCCUGCCAGCCACCCCUUCGCCUCGUUGAAGGGCAGUGACAACAUCAUCGCAUUCACCACCGAGCGUUUCCCCAGCCCCUUGAUCAUCCAGGGUUCCGGCGCCGGUGCUGCCGUCACUGCUUUCGGUAUCUACUCUGAUAUCCUCAAGAUCGCCGAUCGCACCCAACAGUAA